GAUUUACUGGACUUGUAGUUUGUUAUAUCAUGUCCCACGCAGGAUUUACGUGAGAAAAAAAUACAAGCCCCGCAACCUCUCGCUCUCCGGUCAGAAAAGUCUAACAAAAAUGGCGCGACGUUUGGGAGAGCUGUUGAGAUGUGCCCAGCGUGUUGGGGAGUCAUCUAGGGUUGUCAGUGGACUCUUCUCCCAUUGUACCCGGACCUCCGUGAAUACUUUCUCCACCUCCAAUGCCUCUCCAGCUCGCAAGAAAAGCAGUCCAUACAGUUCCGUGGACAGCGGACGCUACUCCUCACUCUUCAAGUCAGUUGUGUCCCACAGAGUCAGUGCUCAAACUCCCGACAUCAUAGAGGAGCAAGAUGUUCAAAUCUACGGACCUGUGAUAAAAUCCCCAACACCAUCUAAUCGAAACACAACACCUUCCAAAAUGCCUAAAAUCCUCCACCCGUUGCUCAACCAAGACCGGGUAUUUGAUUUUGGCGAAACUGAGCUUGGAGGGGCUCCAGCCAGAAUUAUCCUACGGAGGGGUCAGGACAGGGGCUCAGUGCCCAGUGUGACCCGUAUCCUACAGGAGACUAUGUCCCCAGAGCAACAGUUUUACCUGGAGAGAUGGAGGAGGAAGAUGAUAGCUCAACUGGGAGAGGAUGGCUUUAAGGAAUACAGUCAGAAUCUCUUCAGGCAAGGGAAGCUUUUCCAUUCGGCCGUGGAGAGUGUUCUCCCGUUGACAACAAAGGAGGUCCCGGGGGAAGAUCCUGAGGAGGUACCAGAGAUGCCAUCGGAGGUAGAGGGAUACAUGGAAAGUGUACGCCAUGUACUGGAGGACGUUAGGGGAGUGCGAGCCAUCGAGAGCCGUGUACAACAUGAAAAACUAGGCUAUCUGGGGAUUGUGGACUGUGUGGCUCUCUACAGGGGUGUGCUGUGUGUGAUCGAUUGGAAGACAUCGGAGAGGUCGAAACCUUUCCUCAGCAACACCUACGACAACCCUCUACAGGUGGCAGCCUACGUUGGGGCCUUAAACAACGACGUGAACUACAACUACCAGGUUGAGAAUGGACUGAUAGUGGUGGCCUAUAAAGAUGGUUCCCCAGCCCAUCCUCAUCGACUGAGCUCAGACCAGGUGCUACAGUACUGGGAGAGAUGGCUGGUACGACUGGAGGAGUACACCGAGAGGAGGUGAAGGAGUGGUGUCUUUGCUCCUUGAUGUAGCAGAUGGGACCUAGAAGUACUCUCACCCCCAGAUACAGAAAGUACCUUGGCUUUUCUGACACUCGGUCACAUUUGACUGGUGACUUGGACAAAGGAGUGUCACAGUCUGCUCAGAAACAGACAAUUUAGCAUGUUUUACUCUGACCUGUGACAGUCUUUUUGCGUCAUUGCCCGAUUUUGAGCUUGACAAGUUUGAAAACAGUUCUUAUAUUAGUGUAGUGUUGUGUUACCUCAAGGUUGUAGUCAAGCUAGAAAAUGCACUGCUUACACUGUGUUGAGAAUGUUAAAUUGUUGUACAGUACAACAUUUAUGUCUAGUCUAAACUUUGAGUUGUUUUGCUUUUUAAAGUAUAAAACAUCAUAUCUGAGGAAAUCGAACCACUAGGUGGUAGCAUCAGCCUGUGAAAAGUUCAGCAGUCAACUAACAAAGGUGAACGAGAGAUGGUUUCUAUUUUUAGUUUUAUACAAUAAAACGAUUAAAAGAA